AUAGCCACAAGACACUAACUUGCAUUCAACGCGACCUUAUCCGAUUCUUGCAAUAUCUGUAUAAGUUCUAGAAGCAUAAGCCUAAUUUCACAAACACCAUCACUGGUAUCAAUCUUUAUCAGUCACCAAAUGAAUCAAGAAACUCCAAAACAUGUUCGACAAAUCUCAAAAUGCAUCAUCAAACCACACAAAAUCUCAGAAGAAUCAAAACAACCACACUAUUUGACUCCAUGGGAUCUAUCCCUUUUAAAUUUAAACUACAUUCAAAAGGGUCUUCUGUUUCGGAAACCGGCACCUUCAUUUGAAGAUCCAAACCCAACCAUUACCUUCAUUGAUCAGCUUAAACAUUCUUUGUCUAUGACAUUGACUCAUUUCUACCCACUUUCAGGCCGCAUGGUGACAAAACAGCAAGACAAUCCACCAUUUUAUGGAAUUUAUGUUGACUGCAGCGAUGACUCUGUAGGAGCUGACUUCAUUCAUGCUGCUGUAGACUUAAGUAUGCUGGAUAUUCUUACUCCAGUCGAUGUACCCCGGAUCGUCCAAUCAUUUUUUGCUCUUGAAGGAGCCAUUUGCUAUGAUGGGCACACAGAACCUUUAUUAGUGGUGCAGGCAACGGAGUUACUAGAUGGCAUUUUUGUGGGCUGCAGUUUUAGCCAUGUUAUAGGUGAUGGAACUGCUUAUUGGAAAUUCUUCAAUGCGUUUGCAGAAAUCUGUCGGAAACUAAGAAAAGCUAGCAAACAAGCAGGUGAUCAACAUAUUGAGUGCAAUAUUUCUCAUCCACCUAUAACUAGACGCUGGUUUAUGGAAGAUCACAUUGACCCAACCCUCAUCAGCCUUCCAUUCUCUCACCAUAAAGAAUUCGUCGAAGACCCGUAUGAACGACCACUUCUCAGGGAAAGAAUGUUUCAUUUCACUGAAGAAUCAAUGAAGAAACUCAAAGCUAAAGCCAAUAAAGAAUGUAACACUCAAAUCUCUUAUUUUCAAGCCUUAACUGCUUUUGUAUGGAGGUCAAUAACACGGGCACGCCAUUUAACUUCUGAUCAAAAAACAAGCUGCAGGCUGGCAAUUGACGAUAGGUUGAGACUGAACCCACCUCCCUCUGAAAACUACUUUGGCAAUUGUGUUCAAUCAGUUUGUGGGACUACAACUGUUGGUGAGCUAUUAGAGCAUGGUAUUGGAUGGGCGGCAUUGGUUGUGCACCAGAGUAUAAAGGAACAUACCAAUGAGAAGAUCUGCGGAUUGAGAGAGCAAUGGAUGAAAAAACCACUUAUAUACCAGUCGGGGCCAUUUUUUGAAGUGCCUAUAGUGCAUAUGGGAAGUUCACCAAGAUUUGACGUUUAUGGUUGUGAUUUUGGGCUGGGAACAGCAGUGGCUGCACGUAGCGGAUUCGCUAAUAAAUUUGAUGGGAAGGUAACAUCAUACCGUGGUCUAACGGGAAUAGGGAGUGUCAUGCUUGAGGUUUGUCUUCCACCUGAAUCAAUGAGUGCACUUGAAUCUGACGAAGAAUUUAUGGAUGCUGUAUCGCCUCAUGAAAUUCAUGUGCAACAUCUUGCCUAUGUUUGAGUAGCUUUGGCAGUGGUGUCACUGCUGAGUUCAGUCCAAGUCAACAGGAUGAUAAAAACAAGCAGCCAGCAAUAAAUAUAAAUAAAAAUUCCCAUGAGAAUUAGAUAUUGAAGUGGUAGUCUACUGUUGAUUUGUUUUCUUUAUUUUGUUUUGUGAUCGAAGAUGUUCAACAGACACUACCAACUACUACUGUAUUCAGAAAAUGAGCUAUAUAACCAAAAUUGGGUGUUUCCUGGGCCAUAUGGACAGUUAGGAUUCGGCCUGGGUCAAAUGUCCAAAGGAAUCUUUAAAUAUUGAGUUUACGUUA